AUGGCGGAAGCAAACGAGAGAAGAAGUGUAGAAAUGGCGAGAAGCAGCAGUUGUGUGUUUCCUAGAGAUCUGCUUCAGAGGUUUAUCUCCAACUCACCGGAAGAUGACGAUGAAGAAGAAGAGGAAGAGAUCGAGCUGAGUCUAGGCUUGUCUCUUGGCGGGAGAUUCGGUGUUGACAAAAGCAACAAGCUCGUGAGAUCUUCCUCCGUCGUCGUGACCAUGCCUCUUUUCCGGGAUAAUCAUCGACCGGAUAGGAAGCCUUUAGCGACGGAGACGGCGCCCGCGGCGGCGACGACGGGUUUAACGAGAACGACGUCGUUGCCGGCGGAGUCGGAGGAAGAGUGGAGGAAGAGGAAAGAGAUGCAGACUCUGAGGAGAAUGGCUGCGAAGAGAAGGAGAAGCGAGAAGCUUCGUAGCGGCGGCGGCGGAAACACCACCGCCAAAUCAACCGAAGCUAAUAAUCCGGGAGAAACCGCCACCGCUUCAAGACGGCGAGGUAGACCAGCGUCCAGGGUUCCACGGUGGUCGGCGACGGCUAACAAUACCGGACUCUUACGGCAACACAGUGCUGGUUAUGACUCAAUUCAAGGCUCCGUCGAGUCUCAAGCCGCCGGCGGCGGCGGCGCCGGAAGUUCUUCAAGCGUCUCGGAGUUAGAAACUAGAUUUCACCAAGGGUCAAGCGAAGAAGCAAGAAGCUUACCUUCAACAGCACAACAACAACAGCUAGAAGCAACCAAGUCGAUUAAUAAUAAUCGACUGAGAAGGUUGAGCUCAGUGAACAUGAACCUAGAGCCACCACAAGGGAAAGGCAAAAACGAGAUGCCAUGUGUCUUCACCAAAGGAGAUGGACCAAAUGGUAAAAGAGUCGAUGGGAUUCUGUACAGAUACGGCAAUGGAGAAGAAGUGAGGAUCAUGUGUGUGUGCCAUGGCGAUUUCCUGUCUCCUGCUGAUUUCGUUAGACAUGCUGGUGGUCCUCAUGUGGAUCAUCCUCUUAGGCACAUUGUUGUCAACACUUCUUCUCCUUCUAAUCUCUUCGUAUAA